AUGUUUGUAGAUUUGUUCGAUGGUAUUCCGCCAAUGGGAAUGGUGAUUAUGAGCAUUCAAUUACUUCGUUCCUCCUUUCGUCCGAUUCCACUCUUAACCUUUCAAACCUUAUCCUGCCUUUCCUUCAUUAAACAAGUCACUUGUGGUUCAUCCAAUAGAGAAAUCGCGGUAAUCACGGGGGGAACCAGGGGAAUAGGUUAUGGGAUUGCACAAAAGUUUGCGCAGAGUGGUGUGCGCUGUGUAAUACUUGGUCGUAGUAAAGAGACAAUUGAGGAAAGCCGAGUAAAUUUAAUGAAUAAACAAAACGACAACGAUAUCGUUGACAAAAUCCGAAAUGAUGAGGAAAAGGGGGUUCUUGAACAUUUGGGGUUCGUUUGCAAUGUAGGAAAUCCAGAAGACGUUGAAAAAGUUUGCGAGGACAUUGCAAAACUUGGAAAUAUCAAUUAUUUGAUCAAUGCCGCAGGUACAAUGUCAUAUGCAGUUGGAUUAGGUAUAUCAUCUAAUAAAACCAAUAAUGCUCUAGGAAUAACAUGCGACGGUCUCGCUGUAAAGUUAAGAAAACAAGAUAUUCUUGACACGAUCCAAACGAAUUUGCUUGGAACCAUUUAUAUGUGUAGUAAAAUUGCCAAACAUAUGAUCAAACAAAAACAAGGAGGUUGCAUCAUUAAUAUUUCAAGUGUGGUUGGCAUACAUGGAAAUGUGGGUCAGUCUAUAUAUGCUGCUUCGAAAGCUGGGAUUAUAGGAUUCUCAAAGUCAUUGGCCAAAGAACUGGGGUCCAGAAAUAUUAGGGUCAAUGUCAUUGCUCCAGGUUACAUUGAAACUGAUAUGACUGCAGGAAUUCCCGAUGAUAAAAGAAAAGAAAUCAGAUCGAAUACAACUUUGAAUAGAUUCGGAAAACCCGAGGACGUAGCAAUCGCUGCGCUAUAUCUUGCCAAAGCUCGGUUUGUAACUGGACAGACACUCAUUGUGGAUGGUGGGCUAAACAUUUAA